AUGGACCUGUGGGUCCCCAAACCAGGGUUCUGGUGCCCGGCUGUGGGUUGCGUGACGAGUGGGUGUCUACGUCGCAAGGGCACUGGGGCAGAACCACCCCUAAUUGGUCAGGCCGGAAUCAGCGGGUUGGCGGGUACCAACUCUGUUGGAGAAUCCCGCACUCCUGGUUCACCAUCAGGAGUCUGGCCCACGUAUACGGGGGGUGCCGACACUGCAUGUGGGGAGAUGGCCGCUGCUGCGGCGAGGAGUGGGGAGGAAGGCGCGAUGACGCGCGAUGGUCCGGGGCCGCGGAAAAAGAGGUCGCUGCAUGCGCAGGAGGCGCAAAAGGAGGCUAUUUCCCAGGCGGAACGAGCGGCGAUUGACAGACUCCCGGCGGCCACCAAGCUCAAGACCAUUGGCGAGCAGGGCCUUGAGCUGAUCAAGAUGGUCCGCGCCAAAAGCGGCAAUCUAAAGGGGACAUUUACAAAGGCCUUGAGGGAAGCAAAUGCGGAGGACCCGGUACAACAUGACGACUCCGUAAUAACGGUCGCCAAUCUGCGGGUCAUUUUCGAGGAACUCUCUCGCUCGAUAAUGGAGCGAACCUCGAACAUGAUCAAUGCACGCAUUGAGGGCAUGCAGGACCGGCUGCUUCCAGCCAAGAGGCUACGUCCUCCACUGGCAGCAGACGGCAAAAGCAAGGAAAAGGAUACUCACCCGACAAAGGACUGGCCCGCCAUCCCUCAGGCAGGGCCUUCUAGGACGGUGGCUUCUACUCCGGCGGCGACAUCUGCACCAGCAUCUGAAAAGAAAGCUAAGAAGAAGAAAAGAGCAGGAAAGGAGAAACCGGCAGAUCAACAGCCGGCUCCUCCAGCGGCUGCAGUUCCUGGCCCCUCUGAGGGAUGGAACACUGUGGUACGAAGGAAGGGGAAGAAGAAAGCGCUACCGAAUGUGACAAACACGAACCCCACAUACUCGGAUGCGACAAGGGCACGGCCAAAAGAGACUGAAAAAAUCUCCCAAAAGCCAAAACCAAAAAAGCGGACGAGACGACGGAGGCCCACAGCUCCCGCUACGGCUGCAGUUGUUAUUACACUGCAGCAUGAUGCGGUCGAGCGGGGUGCCACCUAUAGUGACGUCAUCAUGAAGGCCCGGCAAGAGAUUAACUUGGCGGAGCUAGGAUUGACGGAGGGCGUUCGUGUUAGGCGGGCGGCUACGGGGGCUCAAAUUAUGGAACUCCCACCCAGUGCGACCAGCGAAACGGCGGAUCGUCUCGCCGAUAAGAUGAGGCUCGUUCUUGCUGGCGUUGCCCGGGUGGCCAGGCCUGUCAAGUGCACGGAUAUCCGCGUAUCCGGCCUUGACGACUCGGUCACUCGUGAGGCUGUUUUGGCAGCGGUUGGAACGAAGACGGGUUGCUCCCUGGAACAUAUCAAGGGGGGCGACGUCCGACAGGGUCCUGGAGGAACGGGUACUAUGUGGGUUAGGUGCCCCGUGGCUGCCGCCAACACCUUGAUGGCUGCGGGUCGCUUACUCGUAGGUUGGAGCUCAGCACGAGUGCAGGCUAUGGAACCGAAGGCCAUGAAGUGCUUCCGCUGCCUGGAAAUCGGUCACACCGGGCGGCAAUGCACCUCGGAAGUGGACAGGAGUGGCUUAUGCUUCCGAUGUGGACAGGACGGGCACAAAUCGUCGUCCUGCACGGCUAAACCCCACUGCGCAAUAUACUGCAGUGACACCGGCCCCCCGCUCGUGGUGCGGGAGAGAGGCCGAAGAUUCGUGGCGGCGGAUCGGGGGGAGUAUACGAUCUUCGGAGUAUACUUCUCUCCGAACAAAACGCUGGGCGAAUUUGAGGCAUUUCUGGAUGAGUUGCUGGCGGCAGUCUUAAGAGCGGCCCCGAGACCUGCUCUGGUCGCCGGUGACUUCAAUGCCAAGAACCAGGCAUGGGGCUCUCCUGUGACCAACGCCCGGGGAGAUGCCGUGCUGGAAUGGAGCGUUCAGGCCGGCCUGUCGCUUUUAAACCGCGGGGCUGCGCCAACAUGCGUUCGACCGCAGGGGAGCUCCAUCGUUGAUCUUUCCUUCGCUAGCCCCGCGGUCGGACGACUGGUCCAGAACUGGAGGGUGGAGGAGGAAGUCGAGACAUUGUCGGACCACUUAUAUAUUCGAUUCUGUGUCUCCUCCCCAAACCAUACCCGGAUGGUUCCAAGAUCACUAGAAAGUGCAUCAGAAUUCCCACGAUGGUCACUGACCAAAUUGGACCCGGAAGCACUGAGCGAGGCUAUUGAGGUGGAGGCCUGGACGCCAAGACCAACGCUUCCUGCUAAUGUAAACGCGGAGGCACUCUGGUUCCGAGAGGAUAUGACCCGGAUAUGCGAUGCUGCCAUGCCCCGCGUUCGUGGUCCUCCUGCAAGAAAGCAGGUCUAUUGGUGGACGGACACGAUUGCGGAGCUCAGGCACCAGUGCAUAAGGGCACGCCGACCUUACCAGAGACAAAGGCGUAGAAGGACGCGCAAUGAGUCAUUGGAGAGGCGACUCAGAUCUGAGUACAGUGCAGCCAAGAGUGCCCUCCAUCUGGCUAUAAAGCAGGCAAAGGAGGCGGCACGAGAGGAAAUGCUGGCGGAACUUGAUCGGGACCCAUGGGGUCGCCCAUAUAGAAUAGUGCGCAAUAAGAUCGGCCGCGGCCCGCCAGCUUUGGAGACGCUACCUCCCGAGCAACUUCCAACAAUCCUGUCCGCGCUUUUCCCGACUGUUACGGGGGCGGAUUCACCGACUAACAACGAGACGGCGCCGCUAGGAGAAAUCCCGCCUGUCUCAGAGGGUGAGCUGGAUGCGGCAAUCCUAAGGCUGAGAGGUAAGAAGACAGCGCCCGGCCCGGACGGAAUUCCCGGACGGGUUUGGGUGAAGGCUUUGGGACCACUAAAAGAGAGGCUGCGAGAACUGUUCAGCGCGUGCCUCACCCAGUCGGAGUUUCCUCAACCCUGGAAAGAGGGAAAGCUAGUCCUCCUCAGAAAGGACGGUCGCCCGGCGGAUUCACCCUCGGCUUAUAGGCCGAUAGUGUUGCUAGACGAGGCUGGAAAGCUCCUCGAGAGAGUGAUCGCGUCUAGGAUAAUUAAACACCUUGAGCAGGAAGGCCCGAAUUUAUCCGCAGCACAAUUCGGCUUCCGCGCACAACGCUCGACCAUAGACGCGAUCAUGGAGGUCAAGGAGUUCUGCGAGGAACGAACGGCGAACGGCGCAGUUGUAUUGGCGGUAUCAUUUGACAUCGCCAAUGCUUUUAACACCUUGCCAUUUGAGUCCGCCGUGCCGUCCGCCGGCUAA